CCACGUGGUCGUCGUGGUCGUCGUGCUCGUGGUCGUCAUAGUGAUCUUGCCCGGAUAUUGGCCCUUGCUCUCGCCGGGAGAAUUGAUCCGCGCACUUUCCUAGUUUCCUGGGUCCAACGCACCCACGAAUUGAUCAGUUUCCAACACCGCGGACAUACACACACAAUACGUACAUAUACACAUACACAUUUUCGAGUUUGAAGAGUAAUUGGGUCGCAUCAGUUCCUGUACUGUCCUGUACCUCACGAAGGUUCGGGGCAGUGCCACGUCACGCUCUACAGGGAAGUGGAGCCAUAAAAACCCCAAGAAGAAGAAGAAGAGGAAGAAGGGUGAUAUUUGGCUUGUGCGGUAUUAGCAUUUAUUCUGUCGGUGAUUGCCGAAAAGAACGGAUAAGUCAUCAUGUCGGACCCUGACAUUAUUAUACCAACUGUGAUAAUGAAAGUUGGUAGUUGGCUUACGCAGGCGACUGUCGUGUUAGUCGUCUUGGCUCUGAUAUACGAGUAUUUGUUCAAGAGAAAAAUAAAAGACGUCAGGAACAAACAUGUUGUCGUGACUGGCGGCUCCAGCGGCAUUGGGAAAUGUAUGGCGAUUAUCGCCGCAAGGAAGGGAGCAAAUGUGACGAUAAUCGCGAGGAAUGAGCAGAAUUUGGAGAGAGCCAAGGAGGAAAUAUUGCAAGCAUGCGAGAACAGAAAUACACAAAGGGUGAAGUGUUUAUCUUUAAAUAUUGGUAUGGAUUAUUCGACUGUUGAGAAAGCGCUGACCGAUCUAGAGAAAGUUAUGGGACCAAUUUACAUGCUUGUAAAUUGCGCUGGUCUCGCAAUCGCUGGCAAGAUAGAAGACACCACUCCAGAGAAUCUCGAUGAGAUGGUACGCACAAAUUUUCUAGGUACAUAUUACUGCAUUAAGGCAGUGACGCCAAGAAUGAAAGCUUCUAAGGAAGGAGUGAUUGUACUUAUGUCGUCUCAAGCUGGUCUCCUAGGUAUCUUCGGAUACACCGCUUAUAGUGCUACAAAAUUUGCACUCCGUGGCUUGGCGGAGAGCUUGGAAAUGGAACUUCGACCAUACCGUAUCUCUGUUACUCUGUCUUUACCGCCGGACACAGAUACACCUGGUUUUGCGGUCGAAGAGUUGUCAAAGCCGAUGGAGACAAAAGUCAUAUCGCAGACGGUGAAGCUGGUCCAGCCCGAGGUCGUUGCUGAGAAAACUUUCAAGGACGCGUUGGCAAGACGUUUCUUCUCUACCGUUGGUUGGGAAGGUUUCAUAAUGGUGACAUUGUGCGCGGGAAUGUCGCAAGUCACCUCAUUGUGCGAGUUGAUCGCGCAAGUUUGGCUAAUGGGAGUGUUGAGGCUCAUCGGCUUGUUCUACCGCGUCCUCUUCGAGAGAGCCAUCGAAAAAUGUAACAACUGAACGAAUUCCGAGGCCCCGGAAAAAGUCAAGUGAGAAACAGUUUUCUUACAAUAUUCUGUGGUCCACGACUAAAAGAUUAACUAAGAUAUUUCAUUCUAAGUUAAGGCAUUCACUUAAUAUGCAUAUUUUUGGUAAAUUUUCUCGCUCUAUACGUUCGUGCUUGUAUUAUCGCAAGACAAUUUAUUUGCAUCUACAUGAAUCUCGUUUUGAUUUUUUUUUUUAAGCGAAACCUAUUAUUUCAUAAUAAAUGCCAAGUACAUUAAUAUAUAAUGAUGCAUAUGUGACUGAUGUAAUGAUGUUAGGAUAUGUACAUACGUGUAUGCAAUACAGUGAUAAAUAUAUAAUAAGUUGUGUGAAAUAUAAUGACAUGUAAUGAUAUGAUAUGCAAUGCAAUGAUACGUAAUGCGGUAUACAAAGGAGCGAAAGAAAUAAAAGACUGUUCUUAACGGUUUGGCUUAGUUUUAUUAGGUAUUCCGUAAGUUCAUAGUAUAAUGUUUUUUUUUUCUUUUAUUAAGCUUUUAUGGUUCUUACACACAUAGAACGGGACUGCUCUUCGUCCCGUUUCUCGCCACAAUAAGUUAAAAACGGAAAAACGCUGAAACUGGUAUGUAAAGAGUACUCCCGAGACGGUGGACGGGGCUCCUCCGUUCUACGUCGAUCGCGUUCCCGCGCGUCUGUCCCGCCGCUGGCGAAAGAUCCGAGCUCGUGCUCUCGACGCGGACAACGAGUAAAUUUCUUUUCACGUUCGUCUAAAGUCCAGUAAGUAGUAUAUAUCGCGCAGCCGCGAUCGGGCGCCGAAAGGACGUG